GACGACAGCGCUUACGUUUUCACAACUGGAAGCUAAGCAGCCGUGAUAAACUGGCGGUGAUCUAUUGGCUAUCAUCUCACACAGAGUGUGACCGUGAUCCACGCGUCUACCUCAUGAACUCCUUGGGAUGAAAGAAAGUCAAAUUUCCAGCAUCAUGUUUCCUGAAAUCCAUAAGUCUACAGAACUUGAUGCCUCUCCGCACUCACACAUCCUCCAGGUUGAGAGCAUGCCGCAGCCAUCACACUGGUCCUAUUCCCAGCAAUUGGACACAAAGGUCGGGAUCCUAUCUCAGGUGCAGGCCACCAUGAAUGAGAUGGUGGUGGGUAAUGAGGAACAUCACCAUCACUCUGAUGGCAUCUUGCCAUACAUAAUCAGUCAAGAGGUGCAGAGGAGCAACUUCAUAAAUAAGGGGGGGAACCAAAAGGCUUCUCAAAUGGAAACAAGUUCCUCAGCGAAGGAACCUUCAGAUUCUAUAGCCACCAGACGGAUUUUGAAUAAUACUGGAAAAGAGAGGACAUGUGAAAGACAAAGGCAACCAAUGUCACCAACAGAAACACUGAAGCACUUCCACUGUCACCUCACUGAGUUUGAACUGGAGGAGAUCAUGGAUUAUUCUGAGAUAUGGUACUUGGGUCUGGACACCAACAAGAUUGAGGCCUCCCGUAGGACACCACACAACUCUGGCUAUGAUGAUGAGCAUGGCAGUUACAUUAAGGUUCUACAUGACCAUAUUGCGUUCCGCUUUGAGAUUCUGGAGAUGAUUGGGAAAGGAUGCUUUGGCCAAGUCUUCAGAUGUCUUGAUCAUAAAACGAAUGAAGUUGUUGCAAUUAAGGUUAUUCGCAACAAGGAAAGAUUCCACCAUCAGGCCUUAGUAGAGUUAAAGAUCCUUGAUGCUUUGAGGAGAAAAGAUAAGGACAACAGCCACAAUGUCAUUCACAUGAAAGAAUACUUCUACUUCCGCAACCAUCUCUGCAUUUCAUUUGAGCUGUUGGGAGGGAACCUGUAUGAGCUAAUGAAGAAGAAUCAUUUCCAUGGCUUCGGCUUUACACUGAUUCGUUGCAUAGCUCAUUCCUUACUUAAGUGCCUGCAGAUGUUACGAAGAGAGAAGAUCAUCCACUGUGAUCUUAAACCGGAGAACAUCCUCUUGUGUCCCAAGGGCCAGGGGAACAUUAAAGUGGUUGACUUCGGAUCCAGUUGCUACGAACAGCAAAGAGUGUACACCUAUAUCCAAAGCCGCUUUUACCGCGCCCCAGAAGUGAUCCUUGGGCACCCAUACAGUAUGGCUAUCGAUAUGUGGAGUUUGGGCUGCAUCCUGGCAGAGCUCUACACCGGUUACCCCCUGUUUCCAGGGGAGAGUGAACGGGAGCAGAUGGCAUGCAUUGUUGAGGUGUUAGGAAUGCCUCCUGAUGACUUCAUCCAGACUGCAUCCAGACGGAGACUAUUCUUUGGUUCCAGCGGAAACCUUAAGAACAUUACAAACAGCAAGGGAAAAAUACGACACCCUAACUCAAAAGACCUGGCUAGUGUUUUGAGGACAGAUGACGCUACUUUCCUGGACUUUCUGAAGGGCUGUCUUAUGUGGGACCCCAAUAAGCGCAUGCCACCGGAUGAGGCCAUGCAACAUGAGUGGAUUCAGGAGUACCUCAAUAAGGCUGACAUGAAAAUUCAGCCACACAGAAAGCCUACUGACCAACCAGACAGCAAUUAUGACCUCUACGAAGCAUCCAGGACAAGGAAAGAUGAGACGUUGAGUUCCGGUGCCUGCGAGAGAAACAUGAGAGAGAACUCAGCCAAGACGUGGUCUGCAGAGUGUCAGCAGCCUAUUGGUGCAUCAGCAGAAGGGCACAGUGAGGCUGUGUCUCAGCUCACCAGUCAAGUCAAGCCAGAGGCCACUGGGAAGAGACCUGUACCCAUCAUCAUCAAACCCCAGCGGGGUACAGACAUUAAUCGGGCUUGGUAGGAGUCCACACAGUGCCAGACACCCAUGAGGGGCUUGGAUAAUCUAUCAGCUAAAACAACUCACUGGCUCAGAAUGAGAGAGUACAAAGCGUAAUAUAUAAUUUGGGUAUUGUAUUGUUUUUAUAAGGGAUAUCAGGGUUUAAUGAGUUAUUUUAUUAAGUUAUUAAGUGAGUGGAGCUGUUAUCACUCAAUUAGUCUGCCAUUAAACAAAAUCUUAUUUGUUUAAUAGGAAUAUGUUUGAAUAGGAAUCUUUACUGGAGGCUUUAUUCAAACAGAAAUGUGGAUGGUACAGUGUCAGCUUAUAAGUGCAGCAGUCUGCGUUUCUAAUCCAAUGCACUUUUUGUCAAAUUCAGCGAAUUGUUCCUGGCCUUCCUGUAGCUUCCUGUAGAACUCUGGCACUGUAAAUGGGAAACAAACAUAAUGGCUCGGACCAAGCCAUAAACAGUUCCAGCCAAUCAACACAUUGCUUCAUGAGCACGGGCGGAAGGGGUGUAAUUUGAUUGGCUGUUGAGCUCAAAUAUCUACAAGAUUUUGACAGAAUCAUGGAGUGCAUCCUUAUGUCCUUACAGUUUUGUGUACUUUUACUAAAGCAUGAUGUUUGACUGCUUUCUCUCUGCAGCAGGAUAUUGCAAUUCAGACAUUUCCAUUUUCCAGACAUUUGUGGUACCAUUGUGGAGGAAUGUCCUACCCGUUUGUACCCAAUCUGGGGACCACAAGCCUUGCUAUUUUUAAGACCUUAUUAAAGCACCACUAUGCAACAG